AUGCAUUCCAUCCUGAAUCCGCAGGCAGACUUGCUCGAACAACACCGAGGCCAAAGGCGGAGUGCAUCGCAUGCGGAGCUCCCGUCACCUAUCGAGCACUUGACCCCACCCAACCUACCAUCCAUUAGCCGUCCGACCAGUGUUGAGUCCACUCAAGACGAAACGGUGCCUGCUAGGCAGUUCCAACAGCCUUUUCACCCACGGAGGGGUCCGCUGUCCCCCACCAUACAUCGCACCCAGAGUCUAAGUGUUCUGAAUCCUCCGACAGGCACCAUUGACGCUCAUCAAUCUCCCUUCAUCUCACCGAGCGGACGACCGUCCGCCAUGGAUUCGAUAACAUCGCAGCCAGCGUUACCCACUCCCCCCGUCGUAGGGAUUGGUUCUCGCGCUGCCUACUUCCCUACUGCUCCAACCCCGCCCCCAACCAUGGUUCGCAACGACCUUCGACGACCGAGCAUGGGUUUUCCUCAAUCCGGGAGUGCCAGUCCCAUCGCAGGAUUUUCUCCAUACAGCCAACCAGCUUCUGUCGCAUCGAGCCAAGUCGAUGCUGGCAGCCAACACCAACAUCACUACGUACCCGCUCCGGGUCAUGCGCCAAUGCAGGAAGCCCACCAAAUACCUAUGGCUGUGGAUACGGACCGUGGUCGGAUAUCCAUGGCUCCGACAGGUCAGAGUAGCAUUCAGAUUAUGACAAUCAAAAGCCAGCAGGGACAUCAUGUACAAAUUCCUGUUGACGUUCAAGCUGCUUCUAAGGUUGCUGACGAAAAGAGGAAGCGCAACGCUGGCGCCUCGGCACGAUUUCGCGCACGUCGAAAGGAAAAGGAGCGCGAAGCCUCCAUGAGCAUUGCGCGCUUGGAACAACAGUUGCGCGAUGCUCUUGAAGAUAGGGAAUUCUAUCGAAACGAGCGAGACUAUUUCCAGAACCUAGUCUACCAGCAGCCUGGUGCGGACCGACAUUAUGGACGACCCACGUCACCGCGAUUGAGGCGGCCGUCCGUUUCUCACUCAAAUGCUGCAUCAUCUAAUACCGGCGGCGGCUCUGCAGGGUCGCCUUAUUCCGCAUACGAUGACGACGAUGUAGAGUCAGACAGGAACGUGCGAAGGAGAACUAGUACGUACCAUCCUCCGCUAGGACAGACAGCUGCACCAUUGAACGGCACCGGGCCCCCGUCUUCAACUCAUCCUGCCGCUACGUUUUCUUCAGUGAACGCCACAGCCGCCGGUAUGUCGUCUCAUAGGCAACCACAACCACAUCAUCACUAUUCAACCCAGCAAGCGCAAUUGCAUGAUCCGUUCGCUUCUGACCCAGCUCGCUACGAGCAAAGGAAUUGGGCACCGGCCCCUGGCCAGUUACGGGAGAGCAGAUGA